AUGGAAUUCAAUUUUUUUUAUACAGUUCCGUAUUUUACUACGGCUCUUUAUUUGGCAUUGAAUAAUCUUGAAGUUGAUUCCACAGAGGACAUCAUUCCAAUUGAUAGUUACAGUUGUGUCAAGCAAUUAAAACUGGCCAUUUUACCUAACCGAUCCGUUGAUCCAAAUAUAUUAUUAACAAUGUUAAGUUAUGCGACAAAUGUUUGCACAUUAAAAAUACAAUAUAAAUGUCUGUAUAUUAUAACUGAUCAAUUUCAACACUAUGCAUUGUGCUCAAAAUUAAAUGGAAUGAUUCAACAUUUAUAUUUACACAAUACUUGUUUACCGACAAAUAUCAUUACCGAUUUUGAUCAAUUUUGUUCAGUAUUUUCAAACUGUCGAUUACUAAGUGACGAAUUAAUAUUUAAGAAUUAUUUGGAUACACUAGAAAAUGAUAAUCAGAGAAAAAUAUUGAUCGUUGGUUGCGAUGAAGCAUUAAACGAAGAAAAUGAAAGACAUCGUCGUCAUGUAUUGAAUUCCCAAAUCCUUGAUUUGUUAGAUUAUAAUCAACCAACCUACACAUUCGAUAUGAAGAAAGAACUUUCAACUCAUCCAAAAUUUAAAUUUAAACAAAAUAAUUUUGAUAUUAUUUUCUUUGAAUGCGUUCCAGUUGACGAGCUGGUAUAUGAAGUUUUAAAAAAUGCCUCUCUAUUGUUAAAACAUAAUUGCACAUUGGUUUAUAUGGUUGGCUAUAAAGCAAAUAAUAUAAGUUAA